AUGGGGAAUUACGUUUCUUGUACUCUUUCCACCCAAAUCGGCGGCAAACCCUCCAAUUCUUCCACCACGACGGUGGUUUUUCCCAGCGGCGAAGUUCGGCGGUUUCAGGAACCGGUCAAGGCUGCGGAGCUGAUGUUUGAGAUGCCCAAUUUCUUCGUCGUCAAUUCUCAAUCGGUUCAUGUGGGUCGGCGAUUCUCGGCGCUGAUGGCGGAUGAGGAUCUCGAGAUGGGUAAUUCAUACGUUCUGUUUCCGAUGAAGAAGGUGAAUUCGGUGGUUUCGGUGGCGGAUAUGGGAGCCUUGUUUCUCGCCGCCGAGCGGGUAUCCGGCGGGAAGAAACGGCGGAUUGUCGGCGGUGGGAAAACAGAGGAAUCCGAAGCGAAGUUGAAAUUGGAUAAUGAAGAAGGGGAGGAAUUCUCGCCGGAGCCGGUUAUGAGUCAUCGAAGGUCGAUGUGCAGGUCGAGGAAGCCAUUGUUGGAGACCAUAGUGGAAGAGCCGAUGUGUUCGAGGUGA